GGCGGGCUCGGCAGGGCUAGAUGCCGGGCGGGAGGAAAGAGGGGCCGCCGCCGCAGGGAGCCGCCGCUACAGCCAUGCCUGCUUUCCGGCAGGUCGGAGAGAAGCAACUUCCCCAAGAGAUCAUUUUCAUGGCCUGGUCCCCCAAGAGGGAUCUCAUCGCCCUGGCAAACAAAGUCGGAGAAGUUUUACUUCAUCGACUGGCAAACUUCCAGCGAGUCUGGAGUUUGCCACCGAGUGAGACCACCGGGAAAGAAGUAACAGCCCUUGCGUGGCGGCCAGAUGGCAAAAUUCUGGCUUUUGGACUCGCCGAUACGAAGAGAGUUAUCCUGUGCGACGUGGAGAAGCCGGAAAGCCUGCACUCCUUCUCCGUGGAUGCGCCAAUCACUUACAUGCACUGGAUGGAAGUAACAGAAGAAAGCAGUGUUCUUGCUUCGUGUUUUAAUGCUGAGGAUGAAUCCAACCUCCUCCUUCCUAAACUGCCUGCACUGCCAAAGAACUUCAGUGCUACCGCAAAAAUUUUCAGUGAAGAAAAAUCAGAUGAAAUUAUGAAGCUCAUGGGUGAUGUCAGGCUGAAUGCUCUGGUUCUUGGGAGCAACUCUGGCUUUAUUGAGAUUUAUGCUUAUGGGAUGUAUAAGAUUGCCACAGUAACUGGGGUGGCUGGUUCUUGUCUCGCCUUAUGUCUCUCGAGUGACUUGAAAUCGUUAUCUGUUAUUACGAAAGUCGAAGCGUCUCCAGAGAGCGAGCCGGAAAUAACAUACUUCCAGUUCGACACCAGUCUGCUCUCAACAUAUUUGCCUGAAGUGACUCGAAUGGCUCGGAAAUUCACACACAUUUCAACUCUCCUGCAGUAUAUCAAGCUGUCGUUGACGUGUAUGUGUGAAGCUUGGGAAGAAAUACUCAUGCAGAUGGAUUCACGGCUAACUAAAUUUGUACAGGAGAAGAACACCACUACAUCUGUGCAAGAUGAAUUCAUGCAAUUAUUGUUGUGGGGCAAAGCAAGCCUUGAACUUCAGGGUCUGCUAAUGAGUCAGUUAACAGUGAAGGGCUUAAAAAAACUCGGCCAGUCCAUGGAGUCCUCCUAUUCCAGUAUCCAGAAGCUUGUCAUAAGUCAUCUGCAGAGCGGCUCUGAGGCCUUGUUGCACCAUUUAAGCGAGUUGAAAGGAAUGGCAUCGUGGAAACAAAAAUAUGAGUCUCUGGGACUGGAUGUGACGGGAAUCGAAGAAGCGAUUACCGCCGUGGGCUCCUUCAUCCUGAAGGCAAACGAGCUGCUUCAUUGGACCAUGCUAAGGAUGUCAGAAGAUCACGUCCCUCCAGAGCUGAACAAGAUGACUCAAAAAGAUAUUACCUUUGUGGCUGAUUUUCUAACUGAGCACUUCAAUGAGGCACCUGAACUCUACAACCGGAAAGGGAAAUACUUCAAUGUGGAAAGAGUGGGUCAGUAUUUGAAAGAUGAAGAUGAUGAUCUCGUCUCCCCACCGAACACAGAAGGAAACCAGUGGUUUAACUUCAUGCAAAAUGGCAGCCAUCUUAAAGAAAGCCCUUUAUUGUUUCCAUACUAUCCUCAGAAGUCACUACAUUUUGUAAAACGGCGAAUGGAGGGGAUCAUUGAUCAGUGUUUACAAAAGCCGGCGGACGUGAUUGGAAAGUCUGUACACCAAGCAGUUUGUGUGCCUUUGUACAAAGCAUCAAGAAGUGAGGAUCCGACACCUCAUCUCUUUAAGUUGCCCUUUUUGUGGAAUGAUAAAACGUCCAAUUUGCAUUACAUUUUGUUUACAAUGUUGGAAAACUCCAUUUCUAAAAUAUAUAUAUUGAGGAGGGACACAGAUAUUUCAAGGUCUGCUGGUAAUGGAAUACUUGCUAUUGAGUUUGUCAGCUUCGCAAACAAUAAUACUAAUGAAAGCUCAGGUGUAAGCUUCUACAGUUGUCUCGAUGCCCACUUCUACGAUGACGAGACCAUAACUGUCAUUCUCACAGAGAAUUCCAAGCAAGAGGGGAAGGAGAGAAUUCUGGCCCAGCUGCCUUUAUCAUCUGUAUAUACAAAGGAAGCUCAGGAAGUAGAGUUCACCUGGAAUUCUGGUCAAAGGUUGGAUGAGCAAGCCGAUGGCAUUCCUACCCGUACCAUCAGCAUCGAGAGUCAGUGGCGAGUGCUGGAGAACAUGAAAGCCCAGUACGUGGCCGUGAAUGGCAUUCGGAAAGUUUCCUGCGUGCUAAGUUCAAACCUCCGGCACGUGCGAGUGUUCGAAAUGGACGUCGAAGACGACGGAGAAGCUGAGGAGGAAGAGGAGGAUGAGACGGCCCAGCUUGCAGGGAGCUCGGAGCCCAACCAGACUGCAGACAAUCCCGAUGGCGGCAUUUGCCUAGGCGCUGCUCAGCAAGCUGGUGAAACAGAAGAACGCGAAGCGAGCCUGGAUGCCUGAGAACGAACUCUCACGCCUGUGUCUUGCAAUCCAGAGGGAAGGACUAGACUUUUUUAUACCAAGCAACUUCACCGGCACAUUUCUCCUUUUUGGGUGGGGAGAAGUGUUUGUCAAACAGAUAUUGCGUUUACAGCUGCAUUACUUGUGAAUCAGUGCAGGGAAAGAGAUGAAACCAGAUUUGCCUCCCACUAAUCCUGCAAAAUUGUUUUGCUCCUUUAAAGUUCCUGACCCGCCGGGGCCAUGCCUCCCCUCCUUGACCCCUCUUGUUCCUCCUCCACCUUCUCUCCCUCCCACUUUUUCCUUGCCGCAUUCCUAUUUCCUG